AUGGCAGAAUGGACAUUUGCCACUAGCGCCCAGGACUUUUGGUUUCGUCAUGUUCGACAGUGUGCAACGUCGAUACCGGCGGCUCGUCACCUUGCGGUUGCCCUUGCUGGAAGGUAUAGGAGCACGUGUGACUGGGUUUCAGAGCCCUCCUUUGCAUCUGAACAGUAUCUGCAAGCUUUAUCCUGGCUCAACCGAGAAAAAGACGUGAUUUGUGUGGAUACGUUGCUCCUGUGUUGCGUCUUGAUCGCCGUUUACGAGCAUCUGGAUCCACAUAUUAGGUCUCAUGCAGGCUUGUCGCAUCUCGCCGCGGCAUUUCGCAUCAUGAAUGAUCCUCAUACCAAGUGGACUCCGGCCACCAGGGCAACCUAUUCAAUUGCUACGCAGGUCGAGACACUGGUUUCCAUCUUCAGAACUCCCAUCUUUCUUCCCGGCACGGAGCCCACCAUUUCCUUUGACCAGAGCGUACCACAUCUCCCGGAGACAUUCCACAAUACCGGCCAAAUGCAACGGAAGUUCUUUGAAAUCCUCCGCUGGCGGUUCUCGUAUGCACUUCGCCACAGCGAAUGGACCAGUCGCUGUUCUGGCUUUCGCCAGCUCCACAAGCUGUUGCGCCAAUGGUACGGGUUGGUUCGCCAAUUUAUCUUGGGAAUCAAUGACCAGAAACCUACAGGCGAAGAACACCAGCUUGCCAAGAUAAUGUCCAGGCAGUUUCGGAUGAUGUAUGCUGCUCUUUGGUAUUCGACCAGUGACGAAACCCACCAGUAUCACCAUCCCGGUCAUGCCAAUAUGGUUGACUUGUCAUGUCCUGACAAAGUAACUGUUUUUGUUCCUGUCAAGUUUGACCCUCAAUAUGACCGUCAGUCUGACUUUCAGGAUGACAGCAUGGAUUCGCAGUUGGAUUCUGAUGCCCGUCACAAGCCACUCGGGAUCUGGCCUGAUAUCGAAGUAAUCAUCUCUCCUGAUCGGUCUCGUUAUGUGCGGUUCACAGUGGUUUCGAAUGGUUAUGAUGAAGGCGAUGAUGCAUGA